CGCCUGCGCUCCAAAGAAAUUUUUCCAGCGGGAAGGAAACUCUGCAUAGGAAAACAGGUGAUUUUGCGGAAUAUCCGUUUGGAAGAAGCUCUGACAUCCGAUCUUUUAUUAUCAAGCAGAAGCGGACACAUACAGCUUUCUGUAGCGGGAAAUAUGCUGUGAUUGCAGAACGCACAGUGCAGUUUAAGCCUGUUCCGGACCGUACCAAGUAAUACUGGGGAGGGAGCAGCAUGUCUCUGUUUAAGACCCGAGACUGGUGGUCGGCGAGGUGUCAGGAAGAGACGUUCGACCAGGGCUGUCUGUGUGUCGCUAACAUCGACAACAGUCCCAAUGGACAUGACAAAGUCCUGAUCGGCAGUUUUGCGGGUGUGCUGCGUGCGUACCUGCCGCGUCCCGGGAAGGGAGAGGGGUUCAAGCCGGAGGACCUGCUGAUGGAGGUACAGCUCAACAGCCCCAUCCUGCAACUACAGGCCGGACGAUUUGUGUCAGGCACAGAGGCCCUUCACUUGGCAGUGCUGCAUCCCAGAAAAGUGGCUGUGUACGGGAUAUCACUUGUGUCAGGUGCAGUUGAGCACGGCAGCCACUACCAGCUGAACAUGAUGUACGAACACAACCUGCAGCGGACCGCCUGCAACAUGGCGUACGGGCCGUUCGGAGGGGUUAAAGGCAAGGAUUUCCUGUGCAUCCAGUCGAUGGACGGCACCCUGUCGAUCUUUGAGCAGGAGAGUUUCGCGUUUAGCCGGUUCCUGCCGGGAUUUCUCCUGCCCGGGCCGCUGAAGUACAUCACCAGAACAGACUCCUUUGUCACAGUGUCUGCGCUACGACAAGUAGAGAGUUAUAAGUACCAAGUCCUAGCUGUUGCCACAGACUCCAGCUCUAAAGAAGAAUCACAGAAAAUCAGCUCUGGAAAAAGAGUCACUAUUGACUGGUCGCUGAACAUCGGUGAACAAGCUGUGGACAUCACAUUUGUCAGUUUUCCACAGGCUCCACCCUCCAUACUAGUACUGGGAGAGCACAGUUUGUUCUGCGUUAAGGAGACAGGUCAGCUGAGAUUCAUGAAGAAGCUGGAGUACAACCCUUGUGCAUUCCUACCUUUUGCUGCUACCCAGGACGGAGUGAUCAACACGAUAAUCUGCACGCACACGAGCCAGCUGCUGGUGUACGGAGACGUCACGCUCAAGUGGGCGGCUCAGCUGCAGCACGUGCCCGUCGCGGUCAGGGUCGCAACUUUCCCUGAACUGAAGGGCGUGAUCGCUACGCUGAGCGAGGACGGCCACCUGAGCUGCUCGUACCUCGGCACGGACCCCGCCAUGUUCAUCGCUCCGGCGCCCGAGUCACGCGACAUCAACUACGACGAGCAGGACCAGGAGAUGGAGGAGAUGAAGAAAAGGAUCGCCCAGGCCUCGCAGAAAGGAGAUAUCCUUCCACAAAAGAAGAGCGAGGAUGAGUUAACAAUAACAGCAUCAGUGCCCCCCUCCCUCGACCCUGUUACGAAAGCAACAAAUCCUGAAAUCCAAGAUGAAAGUGUGCCAUCCAUAACAGCAGAGCUGACAUUGAAGAGUAAGAUGCAGGUAGAGAACGUUCACCUUACGGUCAGAGGUUACGGAACCCUCGGCUCCACACAGACGACCUUCAAAUUCUCCUAUCUAGAUCCCUCCAGUCCUCCCGUUUUUCCUGUGUCAUUUUACCUACAAGGCACCUACCCGCCCGCUUCCCUCACAGCAGAAGUGUCAGCAUCCUACAACAUUCCUACAGGUGCUCCGCGUACGGUACAAACCACGGUCUCCCUCCCCCUCUCGCUGGUGUGUCGGCCGUGCAUGCCUGUCAAGAACGCCGCCUACAAGGUUACCAUAGAUACCAACAAGCCACCUGUUAACCUCAACGAGCUCUUUCCAGAUCUUGCGGGUGACUAUGAAGGCAGUAGUGGGUUUGCGCUGGGGUUUGAGCUGAUCGGAGGUCCAGUCAUCACAGUGCUCGCGUCUAAAACUUCUCAGAAGUACCGUGUGCAGUGUGACCAGUUCGAUGCGCUAUGGUUAGUUGUUAAGGAGCUGGUGGAUCGGCUAACCAGACACCACAAGCGGCGAGGCUCCAGCGACUUCAGAUGUUCCUUCGUCGGGGGGCUGCCUCUGCAGGAGUACUUUGAAAUCAUUGAUGCACAUUUUGAGCUGCGAUCGCAGACGGAGCACCUGAAGAAAGUCCUGCAGCAGCGAGCGUCGCAGUUCCGCUCCAUCCAGAGAAGGCUGCUCACCCGGUUCAAGGACAAGACGCCCGCCCCCCUGCAGAACCUCGACGCGCUGCUAGAGGGCACUUAUAGACAGAUCCUGGCUGUGGGCGAGGCGUGUGAGGAGAACACGAGGUCGCUGCGGCGGGCGGGAAACGCCGUGAGCGCCGCCACGCGACUCAUGAACACGCUCGUCCGGCUCAGCUUCGGCAUGUCCGACCGAGAGUUUGCCGUGCUGGAGGCCUCGCUCACACCGCAAGUGGACGACGAUAGCGAGAUUGGCUGGGAGGAGAUUGUUGACGCUGCCAUCACACACCUCCUGCGCACGUGUCUCGCCAAGAGCGCCAAAGACACCGUGACCAACCCCCCCGCCCUGGGGAUUGCAAAGGACACUGGGAAGCUGAAGAAGCACCUGUCCCUGCUGGUGGACCGGCUGAGCAAGGGGGGCAGUCUGGCCAUGGAGGGGGUCCCGGGGUUAGAUGUCAAAGAAUCAGACUCAAAACCUGUCGCUGUAAAAGCCAAGACGUCUCCUCGGAACCACCCGGACCCGAUCAUGGAGCAGAACAUGGAACCGGGUGAGGUUCCGGUCGGCAGCAAACUGGGGGAGCAGAAGAACAGGAAACUGGCUCCGGUCUCGCCGAGAAACGGGGGAGGGGGGCUGAAGCCGCUGGGAGAGAGCAGUCUGCCGCCUCUGGGCGGGAAGGGCUCUCUCGGGAGCUUGCCACCACUAGGGGGGAAGAAACUAAAUGAUGGUCUUAACGACCUUUCAAAGGAUUCGGUACCUGACCUUGACGACCUUCCAAUGCCACCGACCCACAAACCCAGGAACGACAUCCAAUGGGAAGAGGAGGUCUAAGGUCACAAAGGUCAUGAGUCAAAGGUCACAAAGGUCAUGACCUCAGUGGACAGGUCCACUUGAUCUUCACGUGUGUUAAAAAAUCAUUUGAAGAUUUGCAGAAGAUUUGUCAUGUGGUUCAACCACUCCUGCUCUCAACCACUACACUUCUCUUUGAAUUGUGUCAUAGGUUGUUGGACAAAUUUUCUUUAUCAGUGCAAACUGUUCCGUCCAAUUGAUCGAAUGUACAUAUAAAGUACUAUUGCAAGAGAUGAACUCUAUUCUCAAUGUUGUUUGGCACUGAAAAUUUCCAAUGGUGUAUAUUUCAUUGACACAAAAAAGGACUGAUGAAUAAAUUCAGAGUGAAAGUCCAAAGUGCCUUGUACAGUUAAAGAAAGACUUAUUGCUGUUGUACAAUAAUAAAUGUAGUUACCUAUGACUAGAUAGUCCUGUGCCAUAGAUAUAAGACUUGUUAGACCUUAUGGCUGAAUAGCGAGUGAGCUUUGUUUGUAAAAUUUGAAGCACCUGUAAAAUUAUCUGUCAGUGAGUAAAAAUGCUUGUCAUGUCUUGUGUUUGUUUCCAUGUAUUUUGAGCCCAUCUGACCGUCUUCUAAAAGGUUAGCUUUUGAAAGCUACUGAAAUCUGUUUAAGGCAUCAUCAUUAUCUCACAACUUUGUGUAACAGAUAUUUCAAAUCAGAGUUAUAAAGUUCUGAAUUCUGUGGAAAUAUACACUGUCAAAGGCUUGUAUUAGUUAGACAUCUUGCACCAGUGGAUUUUUGCAUCAGCAUUUUUUGAGUUAUUGCUUGAAAUCAUGCAACAAGAAUUUCCAAAGUAAUUUGUUCUUUCAAGGAUCCUGAGUUAUGAAGUGGCUUCAAUGCAUGUACAUUGCACAAAGAAUAAAGCAGCACAGACAGUUACUUAGUAACUAAUAUGUGCACUCAAUAACAUUACUUAAUGAAAUGCUCUUCAUUUUUCUUUACUGUUGUAAUUUGUGGAGGUGCAAUUUACUGUACGUUCGCGGUUGUGGUGGCUUUGAGUCAACUCUAAACAUUCUCUAAAAGGCUGGACCAGUUAAGUAGUUCACUUAGAUAACUAGGGCGUUUUUGUAGUAGACUUAAUUUAGACCACAUAACAAAAAGUGGUAAAAGAAAUUACACAAAUUUGGCAUUGAAAGAGGCUCUGAAAAGAUAAGCAAAUAACAAACUUCAGGUAAUUUUUUUCCUCUUGCACUGCAAAAGACAGGCUUGUCUUGGGCACACAAGCAAAUAAAGUGUUGCUUAGAAAAACUAUAACAAUUUAGUCAACAGCAAACCGGUCUUAAUUGCAAUGACUACGGCUUGUAAAGAACAUUCCAAUUUUUUAAAAAGUUUAUCGGAAAUUGUGAGGGAGGCUGAGCAAUAUCUGGAACAGCCAGGUACACAGUGAUGUUGUCAUGGUAACAAGUCAGCUGUUCUGUCUUGUUUGGUGGCUAAAAGGUGAAUGUUUCAAUCUUCAAGUUUGCUACUGCUACGUUGAAGUCAGCAGGUGCUCGUUAUACGCUUUUGCUGCUCUAAAAUCACAUUGCCACAUCACCUAGUCACAUUGCCACAUCACCUAGUCACAUUGCCACAUCACCUACAUGUAGGUACACGUUGGCAGCAAAAUGUAUCAAAACAUUGCAUCUUAUGUGUCAAGUAAAUUGUGCUUUUUGGACACUUUGUCAUCUACAGUGGAAAAUGAUAUGACUUGUACGGAUGUCUGUAAGAGUGCUAGUAUUGUAGGAGGUGUACACUAGUUUCUAUGGUGGUUUUCUGUACCGUUUUUCUGCAAUAAAG